AUGGUACGGAAGUGUAAGAAGAGAAGGUUGACACUUAGUUGGUCCGUGGAAGACUUGAAACAGGCAAUUGAUGCAGUCUUAAGCAACACUGUUGGAUGUAGUAAAUCAGCUCGGUUGUAUAAUAUACAUCAAUACACAUUACAGCGUUACGUUGCUAAAAUAAGGAAAGGCGAGGUGCGUCUUCACUCUAAUCCAGUCGAUAGGUCAUCCGAAAUACGUCUGGUGCAGGAAAUAGAGAAGUUUGAGUAUUUGUAUAAUAACUUUCUGCCGGAAUACAAGCAUAAGGAUUUAGCUAAUGAGGCCUGGGCACAAAUUUCUAGCAGCACGAAGUUGUCAGUAGCAGAAUGUAAAGAAAAAUGGACGAACAUUAGAAGGUCGCUCGUGAAAAAUCUCAAACCAAGUGAAAAACCAAAAAAACAAUAUUAUCUAAUGCCAUAUCUACAAUUCCUAAUGCCAUUUCUGAAGCCAUUUAAUAAUUACGAACAAAAAGACGAACCAAACACUAGCAAAGAGACAGAUAUAUUUAUUAGCUCUGUAAAAUCUGAAGAUGAGUGUCAGUUAAUAUGUGAUACUAUUAAAUCAGAAAUAAUAUCUGAUGAGGAUUCAAAGCAGUCUUUGCCAAAUAAAAGAAAGAGGAAAGAGGGGUAUAAUGACAUAGAAAGAAAACGUCAAGAGAUAGAGAUCACUUAUGACAAUAGUUCAAUACCAACCAGCGACUCACCAAGAACAGUUUGUGAGGCUAUGAGGUACUUCCUCCUAAGCCUUUUACCAGAAUUCGAAACAAUGUCGGAAGACCAAAUAAGACAGUUUAAAUUAAAAGUAAUGAUGGAUAUAGACGAUAUCAAAUCAAAUGGGACUAAAGCGAAAUCUUUAUCGUAUCCUUCGUCGAAUCGGCUACAGAAAGGUAUAAUAAUAGUACGGACGUGUAAGAAGAGAAGGUUGAGACUUAGUUGGUCCAUGGAAGACAUAAAACAGGCAAUUGAUGCAGUCUUAAGCAAAACUGUUGGAUAUAGAAAGUCAGCUCAGUUGUAUAAUAUACCACAAACCACAUUAGAGCGUUACAUUGCUAAAAUAAGGAAAGGCGAGGUGCGUCUUUACUCUACUCCAGUCAAUAUGUCAUCCGAAAUACGUCUGGUGCAGGAGAUAGAGAAGUUUGAGUGUUUGUAUAAUCACUUUCUGCCGGAAUACACUCGUAAGGAUUUAGCUGAUGAGGCCUGGGCACAAGUUUCUAGCAGCACGAAGUUGUCAGUAUCAGAAUGUAAAGAAAAAUGGAGGAACAUUAGAAGUUCGCUCCUCAGAAAUCUCAAACCAAGUGAAAAACCAAAAAAACAAUAUUAUCUAAUGCCAUAUCUACAUUACCUAAUACCAUUUCUGAGACCCAAUAAUAAUCACGAACAAAAAGACGAACCAAACACUAGCAAAGAGACAGAUAUAUUUAUUUGCUCUGUAAAAUCUGAAGAUGAGUGUCAGUUAAUAUGUGAUACUAUUAAAUCAGAAAUAAUAUCUGAUGAGGAUUCAGAGCAGUCUUUGCCAAAUAAAAGAAAGAGGAAAGAGGGGUAUAAUGACAUAGAAAGAAAACGUCAAGAGAUAGAGAUCACUUAUGACAAUAGUUCAAUACCAACGAACGACGCACCAAGAACAGUUUGUGAGACUAUGAGGUACUUCCUCCUAAGCCUUUUACCAGAAUUCGAAACAAUGUCGGAAGACCAAAUAAGACAGUUUAAAUUAAAAGUAAUGAUGGAUAUAAACGAUAUCAAAUCAAAUGGGGUUAAAGUGAAAUCUUUAUCGGAUCCUUCGUCGAAUCAUCUGGAGAAAAGACUUAUUAAUUUGCUCUUAAAAAAUCUUGAAAAGAGGUGA